AUGCCGGGGAAGCUGAGGCGCAGCACGCGGGAUGUGCUGGGGGAGAAGCAGUGGCGGAGCCUGGAGGAGAGGGGAAGUGCCCAGUUGGAGCAGCCCAAGCUCACCAGAUCCCGGACCUAUGAGUCCUCCUGCAAGGAGGCAGAGCAGGCGGCCACGGGCAGGCAGGGACCCCCAUCCCCCUCGCUGAGCAAACAGGACAGCAGCUACCGCCGGGCCUUUGGGGAGCUCGCGGAGCAGGACGUGCUGCUGGGCUGCUUCUCAUGUGCCUGGCAGAGAGAGAUGCCCUACCACGGCCGCCUCUACGUGUCCUCACGCCACAUCUGCUUCCACUCCAACCUCCUGCUCAAGGACAUCAAGGCCGUGGUCCCUGUUGCCUCCAUCUCAGCACUCAAAAAGACCAACACGGCGCUGCUGGUGCCCAACGCAGUCAGCAUCCGCACGGCCAAGGGGGAGAAGUUCCUCUUUGUGUCACUGCGCCAGCGAGAGGCCACGUACCAGCUCCUGAGGUCGGUCUGCAAACACCUGCAGGACAGUGGUCAGAGCCCUCGAGACUCAUUGAGCAAUGAGGAAACUACUAGGAAGUCUCAGAUCUCAAGCCAAUCAGACCUGGAACAGAGCACCCCAGAGCCCAACAGCCUUCAUGAAUCCCUGGGACACCUAGACCCCUCCCUGGGGCAUUCAUCGAGUGUCUCCUGGUCACCUGCAGAUGAGCCAAACCCAAGAUCGAGGCAAGCGGAGGACGAGGAUGACGAGGUGGCCCUGCUGGUUCCCAGCAGCCGUGAAUGGGUGCCCUCAGUAGAGAGACGUGGUCUCUGGGGGGGACCCCACACCAUGCUCUGGGCCAGGGCCACCACACUUUGGUCCCGGAUAAAACCCCAGUUGAGCCCUCUCAACAUCAUCAUCAUCAUCUACCUGCUGCUCAUGGUGGCCUUGCUGCUGUCCUCGGGGUACAUCGGUCUGCGCAUUGCGGAGCUGGAGCAGCAGCUGGCCUUUGUGGGGGCUUGGCCAGACCUCAACCUGUCACAGCAGUACAAAACAACGUGAGGCCAAUGAGGACCAUGACCAGAGCUCCAGC